AUGGCCAUGGGUGCAAACUCUAAAUUUGAUCUCUAUGUAGCAUUUAUUUUUGUGAGUAUUGCUUUCACUUUGAGUGUUAAUGCUGGCCAUGGAGGGUAUGCUGAAGAAAGCAACUUUGGUGGUUCUCGUGGGUGGAGGUAUGAUAAUGGUGGCAAUAUUGAUGAUUGUUCUUUUGGAAGUUGGAGGAGAUGUGAGAGUUUUGGAAGGGGUGCUAGAAGUUUUGGCGUGGGGAGUAAAGGAGGAGGAGGAAGGUCUGGCAAUGGUGGAGGCCAUGCAGGUGAUGGUGGUAGUGGUGCUAAAGGAAGUGGGUUAGGUCAAGGUGCAGGUUAUGGAGUUGGUGGUGGUAUAGAUGGUAGUGGUGGUGUUGGGGGAGGAGGAGGAGGUGGUGGUGGUGGAGGUGGUGCUGGGGGUGAAGGAUCAGGUCAUGGUAAUGGAUAUGGAUAUGGCUCGGGUGUAGGAAUAGGUGUUGGAGGAGGAGGCGGUGGCGGUGGUGGAGAAGGUGGAGGCCUUGGAGGAAGUUUAGGAUAUGGGGGUGGAUCUGGUGCAGGUGCUGGUUUUAGUGGUGGUACGGAUGAAGAGAGUGGAGGUUCUGGAGGAGGUGGUGGUGGAGGUGGAGGUGGAGGUGGUGGGGGUGAGGGUGAAGGAUUAGGUCAUGGCAAUGGAUAUGGCUCGGGUGCAGGGGUAGGGAUAGGAGGCGUUGGAGGAGGAGGAGGUGGUGGCGGUGGAGGUGGUGCUAGGGGUGAAGGAUCAAGUCAUGGUAAUGGAUAUGGCUCGGGUGCAGGAAUCGGGAUUGGAGGCGCUGGAGGAGGAGGAGGUGGUGGCGGCGGUGGUAGUAGUAGUAGUUUUGGUGGAGGGUCAGGACAUGGUAGUGGUUUUGGUUUUGGUUUUGGUGUAGGUGUUGGCGGAAUUGGAGGAGGUGGUGGUGGCGGGAGUGGUGGGGGUGGUGAAGGAGAGGGACAUGGACAUGGUGAGGGUGGUGGCUUUGGUGUUGGCUGGGGUGUAACUGUUGGUUCUAAUGGUGAUAGUGGUGGCAAAGGGGCAGGCACAGGACAAGGUGCUGGCAAAGGCUACGGUGGCACUAAUGGGAUGGGCAUGGGAUUCGGAAUGGGCAUUGGAUUUGGGUUUGGCAACAUGGGAUGCUUUUCCAAAAUGCUUCAAAAGAACCUAUGCUUUGUGGUAAUUUAA